ACAGGGAAGAGGAUCGCGCUGGAGGACCAGCAGGAGUCCGAAGGGGAAGUGGAUGAAGCGGGAGAGAAAACGCAAACGCGUUCAGGAUGAAAACUUAAAACAGCGGUGGGUUUUUAUUUUUUUUUGUUUUUUGUUGUUUUUGUUUUUUUUCCCCCCACCGCAGAUUCACUCUGACCGAGCCCGGCACGUCUCGCUGUUCCGAACCUUGAGUCCGAUUCAGGACCCGGCGAGGUGAACAGCUCCUCUCGGUCCCGCUUCAUUUCAGCCUGGCAAGUCUCGAAGAAGAGUCUCGAACACUGACGGAGAGAUCCGCGACCGACGGGCGGCUCAAUAUGUACCAGGGGCAUUUACAGGGCAAAGACUCUAGGGCCGCAGAUAAGACUGUUGCCAUGGUGCUGAAGGAGAUACCCAGUAAGGCGUCAUCAGAGGCGAAGCCACUCCUCACAGUGACUACCAAGCUGGUGAGUGAGCAACAAGAGAGCCGUCCACUUCUGAGCCCUUCCAUCGACGAUUUCCUCCUGGAGACCAAGAGUGAUGGAGGUUCCCGCCCUGUGACUUCUAACACAGCAGUUUUAUCUUCAACGCUGGACCUGGUGGACCUCAGUGAACCAGGAGAGAGGAGGAACAGCAAAGACAGGAAGAGCUCUCUGUCAUCUCAGAAGAACAAUCACCACAGGAAGAAGACGGAUGAGACGGAGCUGAUCCAGGUGGAGGUGGAACAUACCGGCUCAAGCAUGAGAACAAAAGACAGAGCUUCACUAGACUCAGUCACCAUCGCCUCCCAGCUGGAUAAAUGGGAAGAACUGAAUCCACACUGCGAGCGAAACGGAAACAGGAAGUGGAAGCUGGAGAGACGGCGUUCGUCCAAAAACUCGUCAAACGAGUUUCUGUGGUCAAUUGACUGCAAAACCCCGCUGGAGCCUUUGAACAAGAACUCUGUGGAAGCAAACACCAAAGUGGAGCCUGAGUUGGCGCUGGCCUCUCAACUCAACAGGCAGUAUAUUAGUGGAAGACAUGCUCGUCUAUCCAAGGAGCAGCGGUUUGGAAGCGCUCUACUGUCCAGACAUCAGUCCCUGGAGGAGGAGUUCGAGCGAGCCAAGGCUGCUGUCGAGUCAGAUACAGAGUUCUGGGACAAGAUGCAAGCGGAGUGGGAAGAGCUCGCUCGGCGAAAUUGGUUAACGGAGAACGAGCAAGCGCAGAUUCCAUCGUCUGUGUCUCCACAUGAGAAGGGUUAUUACUUCCACACCGAUAAUCCCUAUAAGGACUUGCCAAACGCCUUUGAAGAAGGGUUGAAGAAGUCUCGGGAGGGAGACUUGCCCAAUGCUGUGCUUAUGCUGGAGGCAGCGGUUCUGCAAGACCCUCACGACUCAGAGGCUUGGCAAGUUUUGGGAACAACACAGGCUGAGAAUGAGAAUGAGCAGGCUGCGAUUGUUUCCCUGCAAAGGUGUUUGGAGCUGCACCCCAAUAACCUCCCAGCUCUCAUGGCGUUGGCGGUGAGCCUGACCAACACCGGGAUGCGCUACGACGCGUGCGAGGCCUUGCUCCGCUGGCUCAGACACAAUCCAAAGUACAAGCAGCUUCUCAAGGGCAAAACUCACUUGAAUGGAUCCCCGAGCUCACAACGACGGCUGUCUCAUGCUCCCAACACCGGCAGACAUGAAAGCACGCUGUUGCCCGAGGUCAAAGAGCUCUUCCUUGAAGCAGUCCAGCUGAAUUCCGAGAGUAUCGACCCGGAUUUGCAGACGGGCCUCGGGGUGCUGUACAACCUCAGCAGCGAAUUCAACAAAGCAGUGGAGGCCUUUAAUACGGCGCUGUCGGUGCGGCCAGAGGACUACUUAUUGUGGAAUCGUCUUGGUGCCACGCUGGCAAACGGGGACCGGAGUGAAGAGGCGGUGGAGGCUUACACCCGGGCGCUCGAACUGCAGCCAGGUUUCAUCAGAUCCCGCUACAACCUGGGCAUCAGCUGCAUCAACCUGGGAGCCCACAGGGAGGCAGCGAGCAACUUCCUGACCGCCCUGAGCCUUCAAAGGAAAAGCCAGAGUCGCCAGCAGUCCCACCAGGUGAUGUCAGGAAACAUCUGGGCGGCGCUGAGGAUAGCUUUAUCCAUGAUGGACCAGCCUGAACUCUUUCAAGCCGCAAACAUUGGGGACCUGGAUCUGCUCAUGCGCGCCUUCAACUUGGACAUUUGAGGAUGGGCGCGUAGCAACUUUAGAAUCCUAGAAUUCCCUUUCUUCUUUGCUUGAUAGCCAGAAGUCCCAAGUGCACACAUCAGAAUGGAUGUACCUGCCUAGACAGUUAUUUAUGCACAUUCAGUUGACCCUGGAUACUUUUUUUUUUUUUUUUUUUUUUCCGGGGACCUCGGAGUCCUGAGGAUGGGUUCUUCCAAGUGCUUGGUGGUGGAUUUGGCCUGCACUUUGUGAUUUCCCUCAAGAGCACAAGAACAGGCAACGAUUGUACGAGCAAUGCCUUAGAGAAUAUAUCAAUUAAAAAACGGACUCAUCUAGUAGAGCAGAACCAGGAGACAGGCAGAGAGUUGGAGAAGAAGCUGUUUGCACAGAAGAGACGGGCAAAACCGUCCUCAUCAAUUUCCCUUUCAAAGACUCUCCCAUCCUUGUGAGCGGAUGAUGGACGGCAACACCUACCCUGGAAAUAUACAUUCUGCUCCUGGCUUCUUUUGAUUUCCUCGACAGAGAAUAAUGAUACUGCAUGAAGAAGCAUUUUCUUUUCUCAGAACAAUUCUUAUAUUAUCAAAUUAACAUAUUUUAGAAGUUUCCCUUUUGCACUUUGCAGCAAAACAACUUCCUCAAUGCAAGUGGAAUGUGCAAGCCAGGUUGUAAAGCCUUACUUAAAUGCAUGUGGAUAUUUAUUUAUUUAUACUAUUUUUACGACAAACAAAAAAAUACAGACCCUUUUUUAGACUUUUUCCUUUAAGUAACUGCUGUCUUAUGAACUUGAAAACUUCCACAGCCAGCUUUUUCUUUGCUCUCAGAUGGUGUGUUUUUGAAUUGUUCCCAGUGUUUCAUCCGCUCGGAGACACAUACAUAAUAGCUGGCUGGCAUCAGUUAAUCCCUGUGAUCCAAAAUAUCUCGUAUCCCUUUACUCUGUAGCCAGAGAUGCUUAAGUGCAAGCAGCCACACUUGCAAAGGCGUAAACAACUCUCAAGACAAUGGCUAAGUUGGGCGGAAGAAUGUCAAAAUAUUCAUAUCCCACCUUUAAGUGUUUGAAGGGGGGAGCACAACAGCGCAGGUGUAUGGACGGCCAAGAACGUGCGAGAUAACUGCUAACUGUGGUUAAAACUCGAUGUAGACAGGAGGAAAAGGUCAUUCACCAACGGUUUGUUCGGAGUCAUUUUGGCUGGAAAACAUGACUGCACUUGGCUACACAUUAUCUUAAUGCUUUCUGAUGCACAAGCUCUAGCAGGGGAUCAUUAUCUCUGUGUACUAUUUAUAUUUUCUAAGGGUCAGACUUCAGAUCAAAGUACACAAAUCAAAACUUUUAUCAACAUACAUAAUGUCCACAUAUUUUUGUCGAGUUUUAACGGUUGUAUCACCCCGGUGGAGUUGUGUGUGGGGGAAAAAAGGUGCCCAUAGCCCUCUUUUCAAUGUUAGCUACCAAAGCUGAGUCUAUCGAAGUGUUGAAAGCGUCAUCUAGUCAUGGAGAAGAGCAUUCACCUGACCAUAGCAAGGGAAAUUAAGCUGCAAAUGCUUUAAACAGUCUGUCAUUUAAUGAUCGACUGAAACCCUACAGCGCACAGCGCACUGUUGUUAGGCACUUCCAGUGGCAUCACAAGGUGGUGGCAGCAUUUUACCCACUUAUGAGGACCGUAUCAGAAUCUCAAGGUAUUUUAUGAUAGUAUAUGAAAAUGAAAUUCCAUUGAAUUUCCGUUGCAUACAUGGAAUGAAAACCCAGUAUUUAUUGUUUGGAUUGGUCGAGGUUGAGGUCUGUGAGACUCUAAAGUUAGUGUCUCAUGAAGUUGUUGGACUCCAUGGUUGCCAGUCUCAAACAUCAGAGCUGAACUGGUCUGCUGCUACACAGCCCAACAUGAGUAUCAGUACAUAUGAGUGAUGUCCGUGUCCAGAGGAACCGAAUGAAUGAGUUGAGAUUCACGACAGGACUGGUCAUAAUGUAUUGGCAAAUUAGUUCACACUUAUCAUUCUAUUGUUCAUAAUGACAACAGUAUGAUUAAACUCACAUCACGGCUGUUAAAAGCCUCGUAGAAAGAAGAUUUUCAUCCUGCUUUCAUCUUAGCCCACUAUGCAAAAGGUCAUGUUCCUUGUUGCUGUUCCAAAAUUGUCCUGUCUUUCGCUGUGGACCAGAAGAACGUGGUGUUGUAGAGAAUGUUAUCAGCGGCAGCCUACAAGGCAGCACUGACACCAUGAAUCGCCCUCACUGUUUUAUGAAAGGCUUUGUUCGCAAGUACGUGUGGUAUUACUGCCAUGGUUUUCAAACUAAGUCGCGUCCUGCGACCCAGCACUAGUUUUUAGGGAGAGUGAUUGUGAGUCACGAGGCACUAAAAGGGGCGACCAUAGAGACCAACCAAUAAGGUGGCAAAUGCUGGCAGCCAUUGUUGUGGGGCCGACCUCGAUCCAAAAAUGAUUUCAAAUUCAUUCUCACACGCACCUUUUUCUUUCAACUAAAAUGAGUCUGAAAUCCACCUCUUAUUUCCCUGCUCAAUCAUAUGUUGGGUUUCUCCAACAAUGUUGCCGGACGAUCGGUUUGUACGAAACCUCCUUGUUGAACCUUUAAAAACCUGCUCACAGACUGGCUGUGCAUUUACACUGUUAGUGGACUGACCAGCUGUGAACUUCAGAGGGUGAACUGGGCCAACUGCGCAAACCUCUUGUGUCUUUUGAGUGUCCAGUAUCUCCCUCUUCUGCGUGGCAACACAUCAUUAUAGUCCUCAAAACCUCUGAGAAAAUGUGACUUCUGAGUCCAUUUUCAGCUGUUCACCUUUAUGAAGGCACUUUUUCUGACAAACCUUUGCAUCUCUAAAGACACUGUAGCUGCAAUGUUUUGUUUUGUUUUUUUAAGGAAACUGCGCAAUUUGAAAAGCUGGCUAUGUUAUUUGGGACCUUCUCAGGUGACCAGCCAAAAGUGAAGCAUGCUUCUGAGGAACAGUGGAAGGUCGAUCGCAUGUUAGAUCAUCUGUUAUUGUUGAUUUAGAAUGCUGCUUUUCUAUGUAUGCAUGAACUGCUUCCUCUUUCUUUCACCCGGAAAGAAGAGAAUGAAAUUACCAUGAUGUUUCCCGGCAAUAUUUCAACGAUGCACUGAUGUAACUGAGGAAAUUUCAUGUACAUAUAUCCACAGCCUUCUUGCGUUCAUAUAGCGGGGCAGUGUGUGACAGACGGCUCCACGCGAGUACCUUUCUGAAUGGCUCUGCUUUUGAGUUUCCAUUUUGUGUUGUACACGGACGCGUGUCAGAGGGAGAAGGGGCGGUAGCGGUUUGUAAAGAUGAGAAAUAACUGACGUAUUAUCUGCCCACCAUAACAGAGCUGUGUCCCGACUGGGGUUUCAUCAAGACACUGCACGACUGAUUCCAAAAUUCUGACUUGAGCGGCGUUCCUUGAGGUUGAAAAUCGACCUUGGCUCAUGCACUAGUUCUCAGGUGUUCAUUCCAAGAGGGAGCAAAUAAAAUACAUUUGAAGGUUGGCACGCACCUGAACACAAAACCUGUGUGUGGUCUGUGAGCCGUUUCUGUUUCUGUUCCAUCUGUGUUAUUCUCAUGACAAUAAGAAACUGUCAUCAAGUCCAAGCAAAUGUAAAUAUGUCCUAUUUUAUAAUGUCAGGUUUUUUGGCUUAUAAUGGCUAAUAAUGUUGUGACGGCCCUUUUUCCUCUGGCUUGAGCACCAGCACCUCCAAAUACCUGUGCAUGUGGUUAGACUGUGGUCCAUUCGGUCAGUCGUUCAGCCCCUAGGUUGCUCAGCAAGUCUUUGGCUUUCAACUGCUGCAGUACAUUAUGGGUCUCUUCAGGAAGUGAGCCAUGAAUUAUCACACGCUAUGGACCAAAUCAUAAUUAGAUAUCAUACCAGAUGCCUGAAUUGAUCGAGAUGCCCGGAUCUCAAAUCGGAGGAUCCCGGAUAUACACGCUGCUAUCAUGUCACAUAAACAUCCUGUCUUCACAACGCUGUUCCGUGAAAGGUAAAAGUGUGGACGCUGCUUUCGGCUUCACUCCCGGUUCACUUCCACAAGCUUAACUAAUGAUGUCAGAGAUGAAAGGCGCAGGAGAUUGUAGUGGGUGGCCCCUCACAAUGACCCCAACCUGAAAGCAGACCUGAGCAUAACGUGAAAUAACUUUCGAUGGAAUACUAGGUGUGUUGGUUUGUGUUUCAGGGAUGGAAGGUAGAAUCUGAAAACUGCUGUUUGAAGACAUUUUUCAACCAAGUCCUCAAAUUGGGAAAACUAAACGCCUCUCCUUUUCAACUUCUACCAGAAUAGUACAUUUGUCUAACCUCAGAUGCGCCAUGCUGUUAGCCACAUUAGCAUGUUGGCUCGAUUUGCAUAUUGAAUAAACCAAAAUCCAAUUCAACACUUGUUCUACCGUCUUGUACAUGACUAGUCAUUGGUCAAGUCUUCAUGAGCUGGACGCGGUUCAUUGUGUCUCAGUUGUGCUUGGAACUGGAAGAUUAGUCCAGUGUAGUCGGACAUUGAGAGAAUCCUCACCACACCGAGCACGCAAUCUAAGAUGGCUUCUCUGAACGUAAACAGGAAGUAGAAGUUUUGAACCAAUGAAAUACGCCAAAAGAAACAAGAAGGUGCUGGUAUGCGGUCAAGGCGCGCAAGAGAGUACCUUUCUUGGACGUCACUAUCUUAUUUUGAUAAGUGGAACGUGCAGGACUCGGACGUGACGUCAUUCCCAGGUCCAAUUUCCGAGGUAACUGGGACGCCAAAGUGCUAAAGGUGUUUUGGUGGAUCUGUUUUAAAACAGGCAGCUGAGCGUCAGUACACUACCAAACUUGCUUUGUUGGUUGGAGCUUGUGAUGUCAUCAUUUCCUUCCUUGCUUAUCGAUCUGUACAAAGUUUCUUUAUCCAUGCAAUUUUGAGAUGUUUUGACAAAUGAACGUAGAAAUGAUGUUCUUUCUAUACUGCAGUUGCUUUACGGGAACAACUAUAACUCAUAUUACUCUGUAUAACCACAACGAAAGCAUUAGCACCUUUAAAACGUACAAU